UGAUUUUUGGAAGAAGAAAUAUAACCCUGAGUAUCAGGAUCCGAGUUAAUAUAAUUUCCCUUUCGUCAGUAAUACUGGCCUAUUGUGGAGUCGUGGCUGCGUAAGCAGUGGAUUGUAGCCGUGUUGGUGAAUGACGCAGAGUAUUUCAUUGGCGUGAGUUUCAGAAUACAUAUAUGCAUAUAUUCUAUGUUCGUGUGUGGUGUUAUUCCGAAAGCAGUCGGGUUUGAUCUUCGAUGCAGUGCGGGUGUAUACGCCAACGCAGGGAAGAAGGCACAAUCAAUUAGAACUUGUGUGCUGGCAUAACCUCCAGUCGGGAAUGAUUUCCGUUGCAGAGUGGGUGUUCUAUCUAACGCAGCGAAGACGUCACUGACUAAAACCGCGACCAAGAGUCCCGAUAUCGAGAUAUGUCUCCGCUCGGGUAUGUAGCGCAGAUUACCUUCAGCGACCGGGAUGGAAAUGAUGCAGAGAAUUGUUAGUGUGAGAGGAAGUAUCGGAAUGGAGCCUCGCAGGUGAUCUCGAUCUGACAACCAAGGUGCUGAUGUUAACACUCCCGGGGAAUUUCUUACUGUUCGCCCUUUGAUGCCGCAUUUCUGCAAACUACAGAUAAACUCUGCGCCAAUUAUUGGUGAGGCGGUGCAAGACAUGAACUGCGAAGUGAUGGACAAAACGGGGAUGGAUAUGCGCAAAUUACUGGAUCAGAAAUGGUGGAGUGAGGAAACAGUAGCGGUGGUUACAGGAGCCAAUAGGGGAAUAGGAUUAGAGAUCGUUCGCCAGCUGGCAUGCAAGGGCAUGACUGUUGUGCUUACGUGUCGCAACGAGAAGAAUGGGUUGGCUGCCAUGAAAGAUCUGGGUGAAGCAGGAGUUGGUAAUGUUCAUUUUCACAUAUUAGAUGUGCAGAGCUCCCAAAGUGUUUCAGAUCUGGCCCAAUGGUUGAAAACCAUGUUUGGAGGAUUAGAUAUUUUGAUAAACAACGCAGCAGUGGCAGGGCAAGGCAUGAACUGGGAAGUGAUGGAAAAAGCUGGGGUGGAUAUGCGCCAAUUACUGUUCUAUGGAACAUCGAAUGAAACUUCUGUGUAUGAUGAUGAAAGUGUAACAACAUGUAUUGAUAUAAAUUAUUAUGGUACAAAGAGAGUUGUGAAAGGCUUGCUAUCAUUAUUAAGGGAAUCGUCUUACCGGCCACGAAUUGUUAAUGUCUCCUCUUUACAUGGGCUUCUCAAGAUGAUGCCAAAUCCAGUGCUACAAAAACAACUUUCUGACAUGGAUAUUAUUAGUGAGGAAUUUCUGGAUUCCAUGUUAAGUCAGUUUUUAGACGAUGUCAAGCAAAAGAAAAACUUGGAAGAGAAAGGAUGGCCAACCCCAUUUUCCGCCUACAAAAUGUCAAAGAUUUGUAUGAAUGCAUACACACGUCUGUUAGCCCGUGAGCUUUGUGAUAAGGCGUACGUAAAUUGCAUUCAUCCUGGAUACGUUAGAACUGGAAUGACAUAUGAUACAGGAGACCUAUCACCAAGUGAAGGUGCUCAAAAUGUAGUGAAAUUAGCUUUGUUUCCUCUUGGUGGACCUUCUGGUAAAUACUUUAUUGAAAAGGAGAUUAGCGGCUUCUAAAUGAAUUUCUUUCUAAGUCUGAAACUACUUUUCUCAUAAAGGAGAUACUUUCCAUAUUCUAUAAUGAAUUUCAAUAAUAUAAGUUUUCAUAUGUGUUUAUGU